CGACGGCAUUGUAGUGCAGUUCUCAAUAGCAGUCCCUAGAAACAGAAUGUCUCGAUUGCAAGGCAAGUGCUUACUGCUGGCUCUACUGGCCUGCUUCACACUGCUCUCCAUGGCCAUGGGCUGGCCGGCCUAUGGAUACCGCAGAGAGCGUAACGGUCGCAGUUACACGGAUAUUGCUCGUGUCAUCAAUCCCAAUCAGUACGCCUUUGUGGGCAGCCGCAACUAUCCAGGACAACCGUUUUGGCCAGCGGGUCGCUAGAAAUAAAUAUUAUAAUCACUAAAGCUUAAGAGAAUUGAGUCAAUUUGUAUUAGUCUAAUUUAAAUACCCUGUAAAUACUUGUGUGCAUUCGGCUUACUAUUAAUCUCACUGCAUUUAUGAUGCGCUCAUAAAAGUGUGCAACAUUUUUUGUUCAUUCUUAUUCUCUACAAACGAACAUGUUGUUAAUAAAUUAAUAAAUUUAACUUUAGCUUGAA